GGCCGGCUGCCGGCGGCAGAUAGAGGUGUGCGCCUGGGGAAGGAACAUGGACUUCGUCCGCCUCUGGCUAGGGCUGCUGCUGCCUUUGGGGGGUGCGCUGGACUUCGGCUACCACCACCAGGAAGAGAUGGAAGCGUUUUUGAAGAAUGUGGCCCGAAACUACAGUUCUAUCACUCGCUUACACAGUGUUGGGAAGUCUGUGAAAGGCAGAAACCUGUGGGUUCUUGUCGUGGGGCGCUUCCCAAAGGAGCACAGAAUUGGGAUUCCAGAGUUCAAAUACGUGGCCAACAUGCACGGAGACGAGACUGUGGGGCGGGAGCUGCUACUCCAUUUAAUUGAACAUCUUGUAACCAACGACGGAAAAGACUUGGAAAUCACAAAUUUAAUCAACAGCACCCGGAUACACUUCAUGCCUUCCAUGAACCCAGAUGGCUUUGAAGCGGUCAUAAAGCCCGACUGUUUUUACAGUAAUGGAAGGGAAAAUACUAACUUCUAUGACCUGAACAGAAAUUUCCCCGAUGCUUUUGAAUUUAACAAUGUAUCAAGGCAGCCUGAAACUGUGGCCGUCAUGGAGUGGCUGAAGACAGAGACGUUUGUCCUCUCCGCAAACCUCCACGGCGGUGCCCUGGUGGCCAGCUACCCGUUUGACAAUGGUGUUCCAGCGACAGGGACAUCACACUCCCGUAGCUUAACCCCUGAUGACGAUGUUUUCCAAUACCUUGCACAUACCUACGCUUCUAGAAAUCCCACCAUGAAGAAAGGAGACCAGUGUAAAAACAAAAUGAACUUUCCUAAUGGAAUCACAAAUGGCUACUCUUGGUAUCCACUCAAAGGUGGAAUGCAAGAUUACAACUACGUCUGGGCCCAGUGUUUUGAAAUUACGUUGGAGCUGUCAUGCUGUAAAUAUCCUCAUGAGGAGAAGCUUCCAUUCUUCUGGAAUAAAAACAAGGCCUCACUGAUUGAAUAUAUAAAACAGGUGCACCUAGGUGUAAAGGGUCAAGUUUUUGAUCAGAAUGGAAAUCCAUUACCCAAUGUAAUUGUAGAAGUCCAAGACAGAAAACAUAUCUGCCCUUACAGAACCAACAAAUUUGGAGAGUAUUAUCUUCUUCUCUUGCCUGGGUCCUAUGUAAUAAAUGUUACAGUCCCUGGACACAAUCCAUAUCUCACAAAGGUGGUUAUUCCAGAAAAAUCCCAGAACUUCAGUGCUCUUAAAAAGGAUAUUUUACUUCCCUUCAGAGGACAGCUGGAUUCUAUCCCAGUAUCAAAUCCUUCAUGUCCUAAGAUUCCUCUGUAUAGUGAUUUGCCAAGCCACUCAGCCGCAACAAAGCCUGGUCUGUUCUUAUUUUUAGUGACUGUCUUUCACAUGUUUGUCAAAUAAAGCAAAAUGUGAAACCCAACCCCCAUCACCACCUGGAAUCAGGGAUUACUCACACCAGGUUGCUGCAACUCUUUGAACUCCCUCUGUGGGACCUUGACUGAAGAAACACCAUGGUCCUUCCCUAAGGAGAGAAAUGGUUGUUUUCAAACUACAACAAACAAUGUGUGGCGAUAAAAAAAGGAAUGAUUUAAUCUUGACGAAUGGAAGACACCUUUCAAGUACUGUCCACUUACACUUAAUCUUGAAGUUGUCUUAGGAAUUUAUAAGAAAAACUUGAGAAUCAAGAAAGAAGUUCCUGCAAGAAAAAAAAAAAAAAAAACAAAUUUUGUACACAGAGAGCCAGGUGAAUAUAAGCAAUGAAGAUGAACAUCUACAUGGAGUAGAUGAACUACCUACAGAACCUCGCCAUGAGUGCUAUAUGGGAAGAUACAGUUAAGUGCCAUAUAUAAUUACUUCUCAGCACAGGGAGAAAUGAUGAUAGGACUGGGACAUAUUUCAUUUCACAAAUGUUCUAAGGAAAUAGUGGAAAGAGGCAACCAUGUCUCAGUGGCUCAAGAAAAACCAUGGGCCUGAUAGGAUGACAAGGUUCUAUCUACAGAGUCCCAAACCAACAGUUCAAUUAAGUCCCUCCAUUCUGCACUCAGAUGCCACAGUUCUGUCAUGCUGAUGACCUCCAGAUGUGUAAUUCUAGCAUCUUGCCUGAGCUUCAAACUCAAGUCCCAACUUCCCACUGUACAUAUCCACCUGGGUUUGACCCACAGGUACCUCACACUCAAUGAUGUUGAAACUGAACAUAUUUUUCUCCCUGGAGCUGCUCAUAGUCCCCGUACUUGUCUCUGGUAUCACUGAACUUGAAACCUGAGAGUCAUCCUUGAUAUUUUCUCCUCUUCCUUAGCAGCCCAGAGUCAGUCACGAAAGACUGAUGUGAAUUAUAAAAUGUUGAUUGAUUCUCCUCUCUCCAUGGCUGGUAACGUCAAGUUUAGGCCAUCGUGAUUCACUGGCACCAUUUCAACAGUUUUACUGGUCUCUUGUGCCUCGCCUUCUCUUCAAAUCUGUCUUUCACACAGCACUGGGGAAGAAGGUCUACUCAAAACAAAAAACAACAA